AUGCAUGUGAAUGGAACAGCCUUGCCAGUGACAGUUACACGACGACGAUUUGGACCUUCUAGCAGCAACAGAAGUUCGAGCGUAGACGAACCGUCAUCGGACGACGUGAAGAAAGCUACGACAAAACCAUUUUCAGUCCUGACAAACCUUUCGACAUCACUGUGGUCAUCUACACAACAAAAAUUACUCAACUCUGCGAGUAAUCCAUCUUUUUCCUUCGCAUUUCACGGGAAUAAGAAUUUCCAGUUUAAUUCAACAAACGUUUUCAAAGGACUUGAAGCAAUGCCUUCUCGUGAUCGUACUGUUGAAUUCCGUACUACGGCAAAAUCAUAUCAGAUGAAAGGACAGGGAGUUUGUACCGCAGUAGCAAGAGAACCAAGAUUACAGCAGUCAGUGCAGUUUGCGCAACUUGCAAAGCGUAUAGGACGGGAUUUGAGCUUAACGUGUGCGAAAAUGGAGAAGUUGACGGAGUUAGCUAAACAACGGUCUUUAUUUGAUGACCACAGAAUGGAGGUAGAACAAUUAUCCCAAGUGAUUAAGCAAGACAUAACAGGAUUAAACAAGCAGAUUGCAACACUUCAAGAAUUUUCAAAGAAUAAUAGUAAUUCCAAUAAAAAAAAACAAGGACAGGGCCAUUCACAAUUGAUUGUCGUUGGGUUACAAUCAAAACUUGCAGGUGUUAGCAAAGAUUUUCAGAAUGUAUUGGAGUUAAGGACAGAGAAUCUAAAGGUGCAAAAAUCACGACGGGAGAAAUUUAGUCAAAGUCAGCCGAUGUUUUCAAGAUAUAAUUCUGCCAACACUGGAGGCUCAAUUCUAUUACAAGAUGAAAUAAAAGCUUCAUCAUCGGUAGCAGUUGAUAUCAAUACUUUGGAGCAGCAAAGAUUGCAGGACCAGGUUUAUCUGGUUAAUGAGCAAGAUGCAUAUCUACAUGCUCGAUCAAGUACAAUGGAAAACAUUGAGAGUAGCAUAUCAGAACUUGGUCAGAUAUUUCGUCAGCUUGCUUCUUUGGUCACAGAACAGGGAGAAAUGAUCACUCGAAUUGAUUCAAACGUUGAAGAAACAUCACUGAAUGUUGAAGUUGCACAUACGGAGUUAGUCAAGUAUCUUCAUUCGGUUUCACAGAACCGCUGGUUAAUAAUUAAAGUCUUUGGUAUACUUAUAUUUUUCUUUAUGGUAUUUAUUGUUUUUUUCAAAUAA